AUGAAGGGCUUUCUGCGGGACUUCCGUAAUCAGCGUAUUUCUUCCCCGCGGUUCUGUCGUAGAUCUGUCGGCGGCGCGGCGGUCGGAGCUGGAAGUGGAACUGGGGAAACUGGCGGACGGGAUCGCGCAGCUGCAGGGCGAGGUGCGCUCGCGCACGAUUUCGAGCCGCACGGUUGGCGGGAGCGCGCUGCGCGCUGCGGAACCGCGGGGAUUGCGCGGACGCGGGAGCGGCGUGUUGGAGGGAGGGACGAUGGUGAACCGCGACGGAGUGUCGAGACGCGUGUCCGGAUUGGCGGGAAGCGACGCGCAGCAGGCGGCGGCGAAGAAGGGGCUCGCGGUGGCGCAGCUCGAAAAGUCCAAAACCCGGCUUUGUCUCAAUAUCCGGUCACGUGCCCAAUCCAAGGACGCCGCCACCGCAGCCAAGGGAACCGCGGGAACCAUGGGAACCAUGGGAACGCAAGCAACCGCGGGAUCCAUGGGAACUGCAGGGAGCGCGGGAACCAUGGGAACCGCGGGGAACCUGUCGACCAGUCUGGUGCGGCGCAGCGCGGGCGUUUCGGGACAGGGGAAUCGUGGAAACGGCGGUUCGGCCCCCAAUGCGGUUUCAUCGACGGUUUCAUCGACGGUUUCAUCGACGGUUUCAUCGAGUCGGGGGAGUCUGGGGGCGGGCGGCCAUCGCGCGUCUGCGGUGCCCGCGCGGUCAUCUUCGCCCUCGUUGACCAAACCGCCGUCCUCUGCGUCGUCGUCUUCUUCGUCUUCGUCGCUGGUCAAGCCUGCGGCCACGCUGGGCUCCCAGGCGCGCUCGGUGGCCAGCAACGCGGCGACUGCUCCCUCCAAUGCCGUGGGCUCCGUCCAGGGCUCCGUCCAGGGAUCCGUCCAGGGAUCCGUCCAGGGAUCCAGCGCCUCGGUGUCCGUGAAGCUGCGCUCGCCCGGCGCGGGGAAGCCCGUCACGCUCGGCGAGGUGCGGCGUUCCCGCGAGCGGACCUCUUCGCCCGCCUCGCCCUCUUCGCCUUCUUCCUCCUCGGCGACGGCCUCGGCGACGGCCUCGGCGACGGCCUCGGUGGCGACGCAGCCCUCGACGACGCAGCCCUCGGCGACCCCUCAAACGCAGGAGAAGACGGUGAGCCCGUCGCUGCGGCUGAGCGCGCGGUCCAACGUGGCGCUGCCGGCGAUCCGGUCCUCUCUGGGCAAUGCCCUGCCCGGAGACUGGGACGCGCUGCAGCGACGAUUGGACGCCAUGGAGGCCAAACUCAGCGUGGUCGAACGACUCUCCGUGCAGAUGGCGCAGCUCACGCAGACCGUGGAUAG